CCGAGCGGUGGAACGGCUGUACCGAGGGCGGAAAUGCUCUCGGCGGAAGUGGUAGCUGCGCAAGUCGUGGGCGGAAUGACCGCGGGCCGGCUCCUUCGAAGGCUGUUGCGAACCCCUCCCAGCUCCGUGGCUCGGAGCACAGUCGGUGGCGUGUGUCCCUCCAGGGGCUUGCACGCGGAGCGCAGGCCUCGAAGGCUCUCCAUCGAAGGAAAUAUUGCUGUGGGAAAGUCCACCUUUGUGAAGUUACUCACGAAAACUUACCCAGAAUGGCACAUAGCUACAGAACCUGUAGCAACAUGGCAGAAUGUCCAGGCUGCUGGCUCCCAAAAAGCCUUCACUGCCCAAAGUCUUGGAAACUUGCUGGAUAUGAUGUACCAGGAACCAGCACGAUGGUCCUACACAUUCCAGACGUUUUCUUUUAUGAGCCGCCUGAAAGUACAGCUGGAGCCCUUCCCUGAGAAACUGUUACAGGCCGAGAAGGCGGUACAGAUCUUCGAGAGGUCCGUGUACAGUGACAGGUAUAUCUUUGCGAAGAAUCUUUUUGAAAAUGGUUCCCUCAGUGACAUCGAAUGGCAUAUCUAUCAAGACUGGCAUUCUUUUCUCCUGCAGAAGUUUGCCAGCCAGCUCAGAUUACAUGGCUUCAUCUACCUCCAGGCUACCCCCCAGGUUUCUUUGAAGAGACUCCACCAGAGGGCCAGGGAAGAGGAGAAAGGUGUUGAGCUGGCAUAUCUCGAGCAGCUUCACGGUCAGCACGAAGCCUGGCUUGUUCACAAGACAACAGAGCUCCAUUUUGAGGCUCUGCUGAACAUUCCCGUGCUGGUAUUGGAUGUCAAUGAUGAUUUUUCUGAAGAAGUAACCAAACAAGAAGAACUCAUAAAAAAGGUAAACACCUUUGUAAAGAAUCUAUAACCAGUACUGGGAUGUUCUGGCUGUGAUCUGGGCUCUCUGAGUUUCUAAAACUGGAAAAAUCCUGAGUCAUGCACCUGCCUUGUCCUUCUACCCCUAGAGUCCUCUGACACUCAGGUCCAUGAUUUGUGUUAGCCUUCGACUUUGCAGUUAUCAUCUUUUAUAUCUCAAAGUCUUCUAAAAUAAAGUGGAAGUUUUGCUUCUUUUGCUAA